ACGAAUAGUACGUUGACUGCAGCCCUACCCUGCCCUGCAGUACGACGUCCCAUCACUCAACACGCGGGCAAAACAUAACUGACAAUGACAAUCUAGUGGUGCCAACCAUCAUCGACAUACAUCGAUCUCUCUCAUUUCACCCCCAACACACAGGACGCAAGACACAAGACACAUAGCAUGAGUCGUGCAUGUAUGUCUCGGCCUGUCCUCUGGUGAGGAAGAGCAGUCACGCAAUGGCCGACAUUCCGCAGUUAUGUACACAUGGAAAGUACAGCCAGGAAUUGCAUCAACGGACAUACACCAGAUAAGAGGAAAAACGGCAUGUAUAUAAAAAAGUGCACAGACAAGGGCUUUAUCUGCAUGUGUCAUGCAAUCAUGACAUUGCACCACACCCAAGGAACACCUACUCUCUCUCUCUCUCUCUUGUGAGGGAACAGCACAGCCCAGCACAGCACGGUAGGUCACUUAGCACGUGCAGACGUUGAGCUCAUACUUCAGCAAGGAGGUUGCCGCGCGCGUUGAUGGGUGUAUUCAGAGCAAUAUAAAGAUAGACAGACACCAAGACAGUCGUAUGCGCGUGGAUGCCUUUCUGCACGCAGGUGCCUGCCCACCUGAGCCAGGAUUGGGCUUGUUGACACAGCCGGUCGCAUACGAGCCAUGGAUGCCAAAAUGUGCGUUGCCAGACAUAGAGUGCUGACGACAGAAGUGGACAAAUGACGAGUGUGACGAUUUGUUCUCAGCCUGAGUCACAUACUCACGUCAGUGCUCUUGAUAAGCUGCCCGCAAUGGUUGCAAAAGCUCGUCUGACUACGGCACUGACGAGUCUGACCACAUCAAUUGACCCAGUGAGAAGGCGCAUGUGUGUGGUCGUGUGUCAUUCUCACCUGACACCUAAUACAGUUACAGCCAUCACCCGGGCCGAGCUUGCCCCACGCCUUGCACGUCGGGCAUCGCUGCACAAGACAAUCCGAAACAAUGCUCUCUGCACGAACACAUGCCGCGGAUGCCGCGUACUCACCUGGCAGUUUUCCUUCUGUGUGAACUGAACGAACUUCUCGUCCGCCUGUGAGUUCUCUGCCUUCCACUUCUGAUACUCCUCACACGUGCCGGUGUGAGCCUCUGCCAUGCAGGCAAGGCAGAUGGUUUUUUCACACGUGGGACACGUCACCUGCAUGAAUCAGCAUACAUGGAAUGUUGCCUGUAUGUGUGUGUGCAACUUCAAUGCAUCCAUCGUCGGUAUCCGUACCUUCUUCUGGUCCUUGCCGAUAAUGAACAGAGCACCACACGAGGCCUUGUUGACCAUGAUCGGGCACUCGCUGCAGCAUGAAUACAUGUACAGGUGAUUGACGUGUCCACUGUCGCAUGACGUGUCACAUGCACGGAUAUGUGAGGGCGCUUGCCGACAUUCUCUCUUCGUCUUCUCCGAAUGACAGGUUCCUGAUGCUGAAGACGACAGACAGACAGAGAGACCAAACGAUGCGCCGUGUGCCCAUGUCAGACGUCCCUGUUUGCGCGUACCGAAGCCUGUUGAAUCUCUCGUACUGCUUUGGGGUGAGAAGGAGCUGAAGCUGCUCCUCGGUCAUCGGCUGGCGACAGACAGACACGCAAGCAAUCACACGAUGCGCAUAAGUGUGUGUGAGUGUUGACGCUGAGUGACGGUGCUUGCCGACCGACCUCGCCGCAUCUCUUCAUCUCGUCGUUGACCUCAGGACAUGAAAGAUCCGACGCUGGUCAUGCAAGGCAAGCACAGACAGGGAAUGGAUUGUGUGCGCUCGUGCGGCCAUGUGCCGGGGCGGGCGAGGGGCAGGAGUCAUACCAGAGCCGGUUCCGUGGUCGAUGACACUCUCGACGAAAUCAAGGGAGCAAUCCCUGAACUCGCAAAGGACAGAGCAAGGACACCCGUGAGCUGCGUCUUGCAGCCAUCAGUCCUGCACCACCCCUACUUGCACAGGCGAUGCCCGCACUUGAACUCAGUCAGGCAUUUGUCGAGGCUGCACUCUUCCUUGCAUAACAAGCCUGGGUGGACAGAGUUCAAAGUUAAUGCACGCUCUGACUCAUGUGGCAUUAGUCCUCAUUACACGUGAAGCAGCCGAGCGCGGAUAUCAUCCGAGAGUUGUCUGCACAACACAGCCGAGCGCAGCGGGCACACACUCAUGUUACUGACACGUACGGCUGGCGUCCAGCCGCUCACCUGCCAUCGCUUGCAACUUCAUAGCCAUCUCUCUGUCUGUUUCUAUCUGCUCUUGCAGCUGCACAGAGGAACGCCCAUCCAGGAACAUGCACACACCAGCAGUACAGCAAUGGUCAAGAGGAUCUAUCGAUGUAUGUGAUUUCCUUAUCGUCCUUCCCGUUGACCUCUUGUGACGGUGAGUCCAUAGCGCAGAGGCUGAGGCUGCGGAGGCACGCCUGGAACAGCAUUGAAAAAAGGCGACGCAGACGAACAAGACUCAGGCACGUGCACUGACCGCGGGGAGGAAGACUAGGGAAAGAAAGAGUGGACAAAGCAAAGUG